AUGAGUUUUCUUGAGCCUAGAAUGUCUUGGUUUGGUUGGGGAAAAUCCUCUAAUGAUGAUAGCUCGUCACACCCAACUCUGGAAACUCCAAGCACACCUAUGGAUCUCAGUGGGGGAGUCUCAUUCGACAUUGCAGAUCAUUCCACAUCCCAGCCUUCCUCUACGGUUGAUCAUUCCCCAUUUUCCACUCCUGUCCUCGCCCUCGACCAAAUCAAAAGCGCUGGUGUACCGGUUACCCGACAAAUGACUCCGUACCUACAGAUGGAUCCUUCCAUGUUCAUCAGUUCACAACCACAAUAUAUCAUGCCAGAUGGUGGAACGGGUACUUCCGGCAAGGGAAAGUUUGAGUUCGCACUUGGACAUAUCGGUUGGGCUGUUGGUUGUGGGUUUGCUGUUGGAUCGAUUAGAGGAGGAUUUGGGGAGUUGAUGAAUCCAGAAACAAGGAAACUGGUAGGAAAACCUUGGAUGACACGUAUGGUGAAUGCCACUGUAAAACACGGUUCAGGAUAUGCUCAACCAGCCGGAGCGGUAGUUUUCAUGUACUCGGCUUUGGAAAUUGCCCUUCGCUCUGUACGUGCAGAAGACGAACUGAAUGGGCUUGGUGCUGGUGCCCUUACCGGGGCCAUAUACCGUAGUCCUCAUGGUUUGCGAGCAAGUGGAAUAGGGGCUCUUGUUGGACUUGUUCUAUCUGCAGCGUGGACGAUAGCAAAUCCAGACAGCAGACAACGAAUCUCGGAAAUAUUUGCUUGA